AUGGCAGCCGAUACCACAGAAGGUGAUGAGGAGGUCGAGAGGCACAAAGCCGAGUUUCGACGGUGGGUCUCCGACCUCGAGGAGCAACAGCUCGAGGCGGAUCGUGGGGCAGCGCUAGCCGCAGGCAGGCUCUGGCUGUGCGUCCGCCUCGUGGAUGCUCCCUUGUCCAACUUUCCCGUGGCGGCCUGGGAUGUCCACGAGGAGCUAUCUUCCGGAGCCCAGGCAGAUCAGAGUGGCCAGGACAUCGAAGGAUUGCUUUCUCCGAGCCUUUGGCUCCAGUCCUUGGAGCAGAUCGCACGUCACGGCAAAGAAGCGGGUGUGCCGCCCUGCCUCGCUGCCUUCGACCCAGUCUUCCUGCAGCCUGUGGUGCAGGCUUUGGAGACGCCUGGGCAUCUCAGCGUGUGCCAGCAAGGCACCGCCCUACUGCCGUGGCUGGCAGAUAGGCUGGAGGCAGGGGCAGCGGACCUUGCUUCGACCGCGGCGCUGGCUUUGGAGCUGCUCGUGGCCAGUGAGGCUUGGCCAGCGAUCGGCCUCACCCCCUCGGCCUGCAGUGAGUCCAGUGAGCUGAAGCCAUGGGACAGGCUUCAACUUGCAGCACACCUCCGCGGUGCGACACCUGGUGCAGCCCUGCCUGCCUCAGCGGCACUGGCACUGUGCCAGCUUUGUUUGACCGAAGGCGAUGCCUUAGCAGCCGAGCGUUGCGGCUUUUGGGCCAAUGGCCUCGUGGCGAGUCUCCCUGGCUGGCGGGAAGUACUCUCCUUCGUGAAGAGCCUUGGCCCGGCAACGCCACUGCAGCCGGUGAGUGGCAAGGGCUGGCGCGAGGCGGCCCUGGCUGCCCUGGCUGCGGACCGCUGCGGCCCACUCCAGGCGCUGAUUGCCCAGGGCUUGGCGCCCAGUGGCGGCAAUGUGGCCACGCCAGGAGAAGUCUUCGACGUGGCCUUGACGGGCUUCCCGAAGGUGUUGCCCUGGAACUUGGUGGACUGGAUGUCCUGGACCUUUGAGUCAACCUCCUCGCUGCGACAUCGCCGGGAUUCCCUAGUGCAAGAGCUGCUUCAGUACACGAUGAAGCUGCUACCGACGUGUGAGAGCAGACCCGGCUUCGCAGAACUCUUGAAGGCCGUCCUUGCCCUUGCGCUGCACCGCCGCCCGUUUGAGAUGCUUGUACCGGUGCCGCUUCGGGCCGGUCGCUGCCUGCUGGCGGAUGCUUUGUUGCGCCGCUAUGGCGCCCAGCACGCUCAGCUCUGCCAAGAGCUGUGCCGCCAGCUGCGGUACCCUUUGGGAGUCAUGCUGCUGCUCGCGGACGCGGCGCUGUUCAAGGAACCUGCCAAAGAUGCCCUGGAGCAAAUCCGCGACCUUCUCGCCCGCAGCAGCCGCUUGACCUGA